AUGACCACUUCCAAGUCCGUGGCCGAUGACCUGGACGACCUCGAUGAUGUACUAGAUGACUUUCAGCAGCCGUCGUUGCCGCUGUCGCGGCCGGAGACCGCUGCUGCGAGCGGGCCGCCCGGCGAUGGGGCGGCCGAGGCCCAGCAGCCUGAGGACCCCCUGUCGGACGAAUUUGUCGAGGAGCUGACAAAGAACAUGGAGUCCUUCAUGGCGCAGCUUGGGCAGCGCAUGUCGACGGCGCAGGAUGUGCCGCCGCCGCCCGCGGACCACCCGGUGAGCGGUGCGGGCGAUGCCGAGAGCGGCGCCGCGGGCGGUGUGCCGCCAGCUGAGGACGAAUUGAUGAAGCAAUUUGAAAAGAUGCUAUCUGGCAACCUGCCCCAUUCGGAGGCAGAGACACAGGCGCCAGCGGCGUCUGCCUCGGCAGAAGGGCAGGGCGAAAAAAGUUUCCAGGAAGCGGUCCAAGCCACGAUGGCGAAGCUGAAGCAGUCAAACGCGAGUGCUGCCAACAAGAGGACGAGCGAUGCCUCGAACCCUCUUGGCUCGCUAGGGCUCGGUGGCGACUCGGACCUGACGCAGAUCCUCGAGGCGCUCUCCAAGGCGGGCGGCGAGGACGGCGAGAUGCCGGACCUUAGCCAGAUGCUCACCCAGAUGAUGGAGGAUCUUAUGAACAAGGAAAUAUUGUAUGAGCCACUGAAGGAUCUUCACCAACGCUUCCCCAACUACCUGGCGUCGCCGGCGGCGCAGGCGCUCGAGGACGCCCAGCGCCGGCGGUAUGUGGAACAGCAUGCGAUCAUGGGCGAGAUUGUCGCGGUGUUCGAGACACCAGAGUACAGUGAUACCGAUACGGCGUCGCGCAGGCGCAUCUCGGACCUCGUGUCGAAGCUGCAGGAGACCGGCUCGCCGCCGGAAGAGCUCAUGGGCGACAUGCCGCCGGAGCUCGCGGGCCUGAAUGGUCUUUUGGGCGACCAGGGCGACGACCAAUGUACUGUGAUGUAG